UAAUACCUUCCAGAGAAUGUGAAAAUGAAUCUAAACAUGGAUAUUAUUUUAUUUUGGAAUGUUGCAAAGGUGAAGGAAUUGUGGUGUUUUUAUUUUCAUCCUUAAAAAAAAACUGCAGACAUAGAUAGAAUUGGAUUUACUCGUCUUCUGGAUGCCCACGUGAAAUCGAAAUGCCGGGAGCAAGGAGGGGACUUGUCGCCCCCCAAAAUACUUUUUUAGAAAACAUCAUAAGAAGAUCCAAUGGCCAACACAGCAGUUUCCUCCUGGCAAACGCCCGGAUCAUGGACUACCCCAUUGUGUACUGCAACGACGGCUUCUGCAAACUCUCCGGCUACAACCGCGCGGAAGUCAUGCAGAAGAGCAGCACGUGCAGUUUCAUGUAUGGCGACCUGACAGAAAAAGAAACCGUGGAGAAAGUCGAGACGGCAUUCGAAGAAACGGAACAAACACAAGUCGAGAUUCUACUCUACAAGAAAAAUCGCACCCCACUAUGGCUACUUCUACAUAUUGCACCAAUCAGAAACGAAAAGGAACAAGUGGUUCUUUUCCUGUGUACAUUCAAAGACAUCACAGCUUUAAAACAACCAAUAGACGAAGAAGGAAGUUUAAGCAAGUUUGCCAGACUUGCUCGUUCUGUGACAAGAAACCGUUCAACCCUGCUGCAAUUCUCCUCUCACAUGCCAAGCACCAAGUUCGACAACUCCAAGCCAUCACAAAUUGCAAAUAUGAUGAGUCUGAACUCAGACGUACUGCCACAAUACCGACUAGAAGCGCCAAAAACUCCCCCUCAUAUAAUUCUUCAUUACUGCUUAUUUAAAACCGUGUGGGACUGGAUCAUCCUGUUUCUGACAUUUUACACCGCCGUGACAGUUCCUUACAAUACCGCCUUCAAAAACAAAACCAUGGACCAAGUUCCUCUUCUUGUCAUUGACAGCAUCGUCGACGUCGUCUUUUUCGUCGACAUCAUCCUCAACUUCCACACCACAUUUGUGGGUCCUAGUGGGGAAGUUAUUUCUGAUUCAAAAAUAAUCCGAAUGAACUACUUGAAAAGUUGGUUUGUUGUCGACGUGUUGUCCUGCCUACCAUACGAUGUGUUCAAUGCAUUUCAAUAUGUUGAUGAUGGUAUCAGUACACUUUUUAGUGCUCUGAAAGUUGUCCGUUUAUUAAGACUUGGUCGAGUUGUCCGAAAAUUGGACCAUUAUCUGGAAUAUGGAGCCGCCAUGUUGAUACUUCUGAUCCUUGUGUUUAUUCUUUUUGCUCAUUGGUUCGCUUGUGGAUGGUACAGUAUUGGACUAAGUGAAAUUCAGAGUGGGAUAUCAUACGGUUGGCUCACCUAUUUAUCGAAUACUACUGGAGACGUAUUUUAUUUUCUGAAUGGAACAUCGGAACUGGACGUUUCUGGGGGGCCAGGAAAGGGGAUGCGGUACCUGACCUCCCUUUACUUCACCUUAUCUUGCAUGACCGGUGUAGGAUUUGGAAAUGUUGCUGCAAAUACAGAGCAUGAAAAGCUAUUCUCAAUUUUUAUGAUGAUUAUUGGAGCUCUACUUUACGCACUUAUCUUUUCCAACGUAACUACCAUAUUUCAACAAUUCUACGCAAACUUUGCUCGCUAUCACGACAUGCUGAAUAGCGUGCGGGAGUUCAUGAAGCUACAUGACGUCCCAAAGUCUCUCAGUGAACGUGUCAUGGAUUACAUUGUAUCCACGUGGGCAAUCACUAAGGGAAUCGAUGCAACCAAGGUCUUGAAUUACUGCCCAAAAGACAUGAAAGCAGAUCUUUGUGUUCAUCUAAAUCGAAAGGUAUUUUUGGAGCAUCCUGCUUUCCGCCUAGCUAGUGAUGGUUGUCUACGAGCACUUGCUAUGCAUUUUAAUAUGACGCACAGUGCCCCGGGAGACCUUAUCUUUCACCAGGGAGAGAGUCUCGAUGCUUUGUGUUUUGUUGUCACGGGAUCUCUAGAAGUCAUCCAGGAUGAUGAAGUCGUUGCAAUUUUGAGUAAGGGUGACGUCUUUGGGGACAACUUUUGGAAGGAACACACAAUUGGCCAAUCAACAGCAAACGUUCGAGCACUAACGUACUGUGACCUUCACACAAUCAAACGAGGGCGUCUGCUGGAAGUGCUGGAAUUCUACCACGCUUUUGCUAAUUCUUUCGCAAGGAACCUUACACUCACUUAUAACCUUAGACACAGGCUGAUUUUCAGGAAGGUUGCUGAUGUCAAGAAAGAGAAAGAACUUGCUGAAAAAAGAAAGAACGAUCCUCCUCUAGAGUUAUCAAGUGAUCAUCCUGUUAGAAAACUUAUUUCUAGAUUUAGAAAGAUCAGUGAUGCAAAGGCGAUGCAAACUAAUACUGACCCCGAAAAGGGAAGCAAGGCAGAUAUGAACGGAGGAGAGAGAGGCGGGCCCGAAAAGUCACGAAGUUUUGCUCGCCUUAUCAAUGUUACCGAAAACUCCGCUCCUAAAACGGGCGGAGGAUCCUCGAAAUGGGGUAAAAUGGUGAAUGGCACUGGUCCUUCAGACGGUGAAGGCAAGCAGAAUAAACCAAUUAACGAAAACAAAGAGGAGCCCAAGAAUGGGGAGCCCCAUAAACAGCACUUAAAACCUGCUCCAAAGUGGGGCAAAAUGAUGGGGAGAAAUAUGGAACAAAGUAAAGACACUGAAAAAGAAGAAACUCAGAACAAUCUACGAAAGACAGAGUCAAUGGACAGUGGUAUAAUUCGUAGCAAUGUGAAACUGGAUCUUAUUAACGAAGAAACAGUCGAGCACUCAGUGUUGAUGCGGAAUGAGACUAACAAUAACAUAACAAGUCGUGAUACUUCUAUCUCUGCUAUGUCUGUAGCAGAACGUCAUAUGUUGACAUCAAUUCAUGACAUUAAACUAGAAAUGAAAGAGGACAUGGACAUCUUACAUCAAAAAAUGAAUAGAAUAGACGAGCAAAUCGCGGAAAUUUUACGGAUGUUCUCCCCUAGUACCUCUUCAUGUUCCUCAAACGAGGACUCCACUUAUCCACAUUCCAAAGACAAUUCUGAAGGGAACACCGAAAAUAACACUAGUGCGGAUCCCGCCACUGAAUCCUCGGGAGAAGAAUCUCCCAAACCCACAAUGCUUAUUUGUGAUGUGGAGUUCAUUCCAAAAGUUACACGUGAAAGUCCGAUUCUGAAUCUUCCAAAAGACAGUGACGCCAAUACGACACGGUCUAAUUCCGUGUCUUUAGGUGUUUCUCCGAUAAGCCGACUUUCGUCGUCAGCAAGUCAUUCUACUUUACAGGGUAAUCAUAUAGGGCAUCCUUCAGAUAAUGUUACUUUGUCAAAUCUCAAAAAAUCAAAGGAGGAACCUCAGAGUGGGUCAUCCAAUAACUCUUCAAAACCGAAUUCCUCAACAGACAAGGGACAUCUUCAAGUUCAGAAUAUCAACACGGUCUCCAGUCACAAAACGUCAUCAGAUACUUCUAUUAUUAAAACAUCAACGGCAAGUAGUGGACGUGUUUCAACUCCAGCAAGUAAUGAACGUGUUUCAUUUCCGACAAGCAAUGACCGUGUUCCAUCUCCAAUAGUUGGCGGACCUGUUUUAUCUCCAGCAAGUAGUGAACAAGUUUCUACUCAUGUUUCUAACGAGAGAAAUAACGCAAUGUCGAGUACUAAAGGUGGAAGUAGCACACAGUCUAACGCCAAAGAUGGAAAUAAUACAUCUCCCGUUGUUCGUGAACAUGUUUCUCUUUCAGAUUCCAUAACUCAAAACACGCCUCCAAAGAUCAGAAAAGGUACACCACCACCGCCUAGUCAAGUAAUGCAAAAUAAAAACAACGGAGGAUAUAAAUCAACGUCAUCUUCAAAUGGUGAAAAUAAUGUAUUAUCCUCACAAGAGAACUUAAAGACUUCAUCUGUCUAUGCUGCAAAUCAAAUCCUAUCAAAGAACAGUCAAUAUUCACCAUCAACAAAGGACGCAUAUCCGCUAAUUUCUGCACUUGGUCCGGCAGCUGGGUAUUCCAUGAAUCCCACGGGAAUGUCUACUCCGAGACCGAUAUCUCCUAAAUCAUCAGCAAGUCAGUUGUCGCCGCCUUUGGGACCUGCAGCCUCAAUAAGUGACGUAAGCGUGACUGACGUGUCUAGCCCGCGAAACGUUAUUUCUAUGGCAGACGAUGUGCUAAAAAUGAAAACAAAAACCCCUAGAGGCUCUCAAGACCAAAGACUUAAAUACAGUUCAAAUAUUCAUAGUUUAAGUAAAGCAAAAACGGACAGAAAGAUGUCACCUGACUCUCAGCGUCCGGAGACGCGAAGAAUCCCCGGGGGGAUCACCUUACCCCUGGACAACGAAGGGGCUCAUGUCAAGGACCGUGACCUUGAUAUUUUAUGAGACCUAUACCGUGUGUUCUUGAAAAAAAUCCCGAAAAUUCUGCGAUGUGGUUUUCACUGUGUGACGCAUUAUCCUAGUUGUGAUAUAAUAUGUAAAUUAUUUGCGCCCAAGUGACAAUUCUAGGACUAGACAAAACUCAGGCUGUUUAUUUUUUGUCCUGUGUGGUAAGAGAAUUCAGCGGGUAGUUCCCGUGGACGUCUAAAACGCUGUUGUAAGUUCAAGACUUGGAAAAGUUCUUCGAACACCGGGUUUAUUGUUGAUUAGACGCUGUUGAGCUUCGUGUUUUUACACAUAU